AUGACCGACUGGGAGACCCGGGCCCGGGAGCAUGCGAACGAUGUAAACGCACGGAUUCCUGAGAAAUGGGUCAUCCAGGGCAAGAUCCCUACAGCAGACGAGCAACGAGAUGUAACGGGUUACAUUCGUCAGUUUCUGACUGCACGAGAAAUCCGUAUCACCGAGACCGAGGCCAUCGAUAUUGUAGCAAAUAUAGCGUCAGGGACAUGGAAAGCAAAAGAAGUUACCGAAGCAUUUUGCCACAGGGCAGCACUGGCCCAUCAACUGGUUCAUUGCCUACAUGAGAUAUUCUUUGCUGCGGCUAUCUCAGACGCAGAAAAACUUGAUGAUUACUUUGAGAGGACUGGCCAGACAGUUGGUCCACUUCAUGGACUGCCCGUGUCACUGAAAGAUCAGUUUCACGUGAGGGGCGUUGAGACAACCAUGGGCUACGUCGGCUGGUUAGGAACUUUUGAGGGUAGGGAGGGUACAGGGAAAGAGAAGGUCUUCGAAAGCGAGAUGGCACGCGAGUUACGAAACCUCGGAGCCGUUUUUUACAUCAAAACCAGCGUGCCACAGACAUUGGUGAGUGGGGAGACAUUCAACAAUUUUAUCGGUUACACCAAUAACCCCAAGAACCGUCACCUAUCUGCUGGUGGCUCUUCUGGAGGUGAGGGAGCAUUAAUCGCUCUGAAAGGGUCUCCUGUUGGGUUUGGGACCGAUAUUGCCGGCUCCAUCAGAAUGCCCGCCAGCGCCAACGGAAUUUACGGUCUCAAACCCUCUGCUUAUCGUCUUCCAUACGAGGGCGUGGCAACUAGUCUGGAUGGUCAAAACACUAUCCAAUCCAGUAUUGGGCCUUUGGCACCUUGUGUUGGCGCGAUGCGCCUACUGUUGAAAAAUGUUUUGGCAAGCAAGCCCUGGCUGUAUGACCCACAAGUUGUAGAGCUCCCAUACCGCGACGAGCUCGAGCAAUGCACUCGCGAUCUCGCCAAGCGCCGGCUAGUUUUUGGAAUCCUGGAUCAUGACGGCGUCGUUACUCCUCAUCCCCCAGUGGCACGGGCCAUGGGUCUUAUACGGUCUGCUAUUGAGGAUCUAGGGCAUGGAGUUCUUGAAUGGAAGCCGCCCGCUCAUUCGAGGGCGGUGGGUAUCUUGGUGAACUCACUUUUAUAUGACGGCGGACAAGAUGUGCAUAAGAACUUCCGCCUAUCCGGUGAAAGAAUCUUCCCCCAAAUCACAGGCCUGUAUGGCGAGACGCCUAGCGACAAACAACAGAACGCCACCGAUAUCGCCGCCAACAAUGUCUUGAAGCGUGAAUAUCAAAAGGAAUACCUGGAUUAUUGGAAUGGGACGGCUGAAAUUACUGGCACUGGUCGCCCGGUCGAUGCUUGGAUUCUUCCUGCGGCACCGUUUACCGCAGCGAGACCUGGACGCUAUGACUGGUACGGCUACACUGCGGUCACUAAUGUUCUUGACUACACGACUGCCGUGGUUCCCGUCACUACGGCCAACAAGGACAUUGACUUGAAGAAUGAGACAUACACUGCUCUUAACGAUUGGGACCGAAAAGUUUGGGAAUCGUACGAUGCAGAGAUCUAUGACGGUGCGCCGGUGGCUGUACAAAUAGUCGGCCGACGCUUUGAGGAGGAAAAGAUUCUUGUCCUGGCCGAAGUUUUAGACGAGGCACUUGGUAGGGCCAAUUCCUAG